GUAAGUCAGUGUGCUGUAUUUUCAUGGUGUGAAUUUAAUUUAUGUGGGCUAAAUAAUUUUUCAGGUAUGGCAGAAGACCUUCCUUGUUGGCAUCUGUUAUUAUGAGCGUGUUUUUUGGAAUAAUGUGCUCAUUCCUGCCUGAUUUUUGGAGUUUUACCAUAGUGAGAACAGCUUUAGGCUUUGCUGUUGGAGGAGUGAUGGUGAUAGGGUUCGUGAUAUUGAUGGAGUAUGUGGGAAGUGCGAAAAGAGAUCUGGUAUCGGCGCUGUACCAUGUUCCGUUCACACUUGGCUAUAUAGUACUCGCUGUUUUCGGAUACUUUAUACGGGAUUACAUGUACUUCCUGUUGGUGAUAUCCUUGACAAAUGUUAUUCUACUGGUAUACAUCUGCAUAUUACCAGAAUCUCCGAGGUGGCUUUUGGCUGCAAACAAAACAUUUAAGGCCAUAACUUUGAUGGAGCGUGUAGCUAAGAUUAAUAAAUUGCCUACGGAUGAAAUUCAGCACAAAAUUGAGUUUUAUCAAUUGGAGCACCGAAGUAAGAACCAGAGGAAAGGCUCCCUCAUUGAUUUAUUUCGCACACCGAAUAUGAGGAAGAAUAUAUUGGUGAUGUCAUUCACCUGGCUCGUGUGCAGUUACUGUUUCUAUGGAAUGGCCUAUUACAUUAGCCAUUUGACGGGAGAUGUUUACGUUAAUGUCAUGGCCAGCGGCAUCGUGUGCCUGUGCGCAUGUCUAAUUGCUAUACCUCUGAUGAAGUUUUUGAAACGCAAGACGCUUGUAGUAUUUUCUAAUUUGGCAACAAGCUUUUGCUUGCUGAUAAUAGCAGUAGUUCCUGAGGGCACAGCUUCCCUCGUUUUUGGAAUCAUUGGAGUUCUCUUUAGCUAUAUGAUAUUUGUUGUAGUAUAUCUGUAUUGUUCAGAAAUGUUUCCAACUGUAGUCCGAAAUGCCGCUUUUGGGAUAUCUUCCAUGAUGGCUCGAAUAGGUUCUAUGAUAGCUCCGUUUGUGGCUGAUUUCAGACCUUUCGGUAAAUGGUGUGCACCCGUAGCUUUUGGCAUUUUUCCACUGAUAGCUGCAUUGUUAUGUUUACUUUUGCCAGAGACAAAAGACUGUGAGUUAAUGAUGACAUUAGAGGAAGGCGAAGCGCUUGGUAAAAAGCGAACAAGAGAACGGGACGCCGGGGUAGAUAUAGCUGAGGAUGAUGUAACAUAG